AUGCACGAUGGAACGGUCGAGAUGUUACAAGAGGUUUUGACGCGUGACGUAACGAAAGAGAAGAAGCAUGGGAUUUUGUUCGGUCAACAUUCUCCACCCAAAAAAGAUACUGUAACUAGUUUGUCAUUCCUGUCUGUCAUACACGUUAUGCUUCCAUUGGCAUUUCAGUGA